ACAAAGAAAACUCAGUCAGGUUUAAACCUUCACGAUUGCUCCAAAGGAAGAGAGCUUUAAGUUUUCAGAAGGAGUUCUCAUUUGAGGAUAAAGAAGAGCUUGCAAACAGCACAAAGGAUAUCGAUGCUAAUCUCUUAGCGGUACUUCCAAAAGUUUCAGAGUUAAGAAAACUGUUUGAACCAAACAACCAAGAUUUUUUGGAAAUGAAAAGGAAGGAGAGAAUAGCUAGACGCUUAGAGGGAAUUGAAAAUGAUACUCAACCUAUGCUUCUACAAAACUGCCCAGGAUCAGUCACCCACCGUUUACUAGAGGAAGAUACACCAAGAUAUAUGCGUGCAACGGAUCCCUACAGUCCUCACUUAGGAAGAUCACAUGAAGAGGAGGAAACUUCAGAUUCUUCUGUAGAAAAACAACCCAGAUCAUCCAGAUACAGAGCAGAAAUCACAGGAGGUAACACAGAGCCCUUGUAUAGCACAGGAAACAUGGAUGUCCAGGAACUAGAGUCAAAAGCAGAAAGAAUAGCUAGGUACAAGGCAGAGAGGCGGCGCCAGCUGGCAGAAAAAUACGGAUUAUCUCUGGGUUCUGAUUUGGAUUCUGACUACUCAUCCAGAUAUACACGGGCAAGGAAAGAUCCCGAGAGCGUGGAAAGAAAGGGAGUGAAAAGUGAAAGGCAAGAUGAUGAAAACAAGGACUGUGGCUCCCUGUAUUUGUCCAGGACUGAGACAAAGGAGUCAAAGAGUGUGAUCUCUGAAUCCAAAGAGUAUUUCAGCCAUGAAAAAGAUGAUGUUCCAGAUACAGAAGACCUCUCAAACGGAAAGAGUAUUAGAAAAGCAGAUGAUGACAGUGCCAUUAGACAGGCUUCUGACCCCUCAGCAACCUUGGAUAGUUCUGUCUCUCUUUCAAUUUCUGAACGAGAAUUUUCCUCCUGUAACGAAGUGCCAGUAUCACCAAAGCACACCCCCAGAGAGUCUCUCUCUUCACCGAAGCGGGCAGCCUCACCAAUCCAUUUGCAGAAUGACCAGCCCGUGCACAGUAACAUCAGACAAAGUAGUGCAGGGAAAGCAAAACCUGAAUGGUUUCUUCAGAAAGAUUCGGAAGGGGACACAACUUCACUUAUCAGCUGGCCCUCCAGAGUAAAAGUUAGAGAGAAACUGGUGAAAGAGGAAAGUGCUCGUGGAAGCCCUGAACUUGUCACAGACACAGUGUCUCAAAGAAAAUCCCAUCCCGUGCCAGCCCACUCUAUGCCUCUUCAGACAGAAACGUCUGCCUUUGAUAGGGCUAUAAAUCAGCCUGUCAGUUCAGUCCGCCAACCAAUACAUGGCUAUAUUCAGCCUGCUGGCAUUGCUCACACAGCUCAGCUGAUGGCAGCACAAGAACCAGCAAACAUCUCUGUUGGCAGCCUCCUCCUACCAGACAGCAUUGGCCUCUUAACAAAAUCGUCAGCAGCUACUGCACCAGAGAGUGAAAAGAAAGAGGUGCUCGGCUGCGAAGCAAAGCCUGAUGAAGAAGCUUCCUUGGAGGGUGAGCAGGCUUCCAAAGGCAGGAGACCAAUUUUGCCAUCUGAGAUACGCAAGCAAGGGAAGAACCAUGAAGGCCUCUUUGGAGGAGGAGAGUUGGAUACCCCUGUGGGGAAUUCCUCUUUCACAAGCAAGCUGAAAGUUAACUCAGAAGUUCAGAGAGAGCUGGAAUGCAAUAAGAGGCAGACUCCUGAGCAGCAGUUUAAGACCCCUGAGAACAUAGAAAGGAGUGAAGCUGUUAUGUACAUACAGAGUGGGUCGGUAUCACAGCCUGCCAAGGCAAAAGCUCCUGUUUGGAAAGUGUCGACAGCAAAGCAUAAGGUCCUGACUCGCUCAAUGUCUGACUAUACUGUGGCUCCUAAGCUAGAAGCUUUUAAAAGUAAGGAGAGCGUGGAAGCAAAUGCACCAAACGGUGAGAUUGGCAUGGUUGACACAAAAGUCUCUGUUGCCCAGCUCCGUAAUGUCUUUCUGGAGACUGCUAAUGCCAACAAGAAAACAGAACUCGAGUCUUGGUCUGAGAUGUCAACAGCAGGUAGCACUUUGUUUGCCAAUGGUGACCGUGAAAGAGGGCCACGAAGGCCGAGGCGCUAUUUCUCUCCUGGUGAAAACAGAAAGACUUCUGAGAGAUUUAAAACUCAACCUAUAACGUCAGCAGAACGGAAGGAGACAGAUAGGUCCAUCUUGAGUGCAGAAACACCAACUGCUGAAGAUGAAGAAAAGUUGGAUGACCGAGCCAAACUAAGUGUAGCUGCAAAGAGGCUGCUUUUUAGAGAAAUGGAAAAAUCAUUUGAAAUGAAAAAUAUCCCCAAGCCACCCACCAGAAGUUCAGCAGUAGAGAGAAGGCUGCGGCGUUUGCAGGACAGGUCGCACACACAACCCAUCACCAGCGAGGAGGUGGUCAUUGCAGCUACUGAAUCUACCCCUGCUUCACGUUCUGUGAAUACCCACACAGUAGUGACAAGAGUACCUAGUCCCACUGUAGUUAAGAGCACUGUACAACCUAUCAGCUUGCAGGCAUCGGCACACCAAAAAAUUUUAGCUAAAGAGGAAAUAAGAGCAGCCAAAGAGGCGAUGGGGCAAGAUCAGUCUGAGGAACCAGACUCUUCCACCUUAAGUUUGGCAGAAAAGAUGGCUUUGUUUAACAAACUGUCUCAACCAGUAUCCAGGGCCAUCACCACAAGGAGUCGAGGAGAUAUUAGGCACAGGAGAAUGAAUGCUCGUUACCAGACUCAGCCAGUCACUCUUGGAGAAGUUGAGCAGAUGCAAUGGAAAAAGAGUAAACUGGUACAAAAUGAAAGUGGAAAAAUUACCACUGCGGUCGCAGCGUCCAUCUCAGCGAUGGCGCCCGCCCGCGGCGCGCUGCCUGCUGCAGACCCGCACGCCAGGGCGGCGGGUGGCGAGAGCGCGGGCGCCGCUGCCGGAGCCGAGCCGAGGUUCCACGCCGCAGCAGAGAGCUCGGACUCUGCGGGGAAACGCGCCCAGAGGUCAGAGCAGUGGCAGCCCUCAGUGGAACUGCUGGAAAGCAAAAGAGCGUCAAAGAAGCAUGGAGAAGAGAGAAAGAGGUUUCUAGCACAUGAAGCUAAUGAAAUUACAAAGUACAGCUCCUUUGAGGAACAAACCACACAUCCUCUUCCUGAAAAAACGGUAGACUACCAUAAAGAGACUACAUACGGCUUCCUGAGGAAGGGCAGCAUGGAACUGUUUAGUUCACAAGCACUUUUUCAGCCUCUUGAACAGAAGGAAAUUGAUACUGGCAUGCAAGGUAAAUGGGAAGUCAAAGAAGGUCAGUCCUUUGAAGAAAAGAUGGAUUUGGAAAGUGUUAUGAAAAGCAAGACUUUGCAAAGAGACCACUCUGAGCCUCCUUCUGAACUCACCAGCACGUCAGCAGUGAGGACAGUUUCACAAACUGCUGCUGCAGCAUCCUGUAAGCUACAGGAGCUCUCCGAGCAAUUGGAAGGCAAAUUUUAUAAAAAUUCCUGCGAGAUGUUUUCUGUUGGAGAGAACAAAGCACAAACAACUGAGGAUGUCCUUGAUAAUUCCGGCAAAACAAUGUCAAUUAAGGAGAGGCUGGCAUUGCUAAAGAAGAGUGGUGAAGAAGAUUGGAAGAGCAGGCUUGGCAAAAAGCAGGAGUAUGCAAAAGUGUCUGUGACGGAUCGUAGCGCGCAGAUGCAGGAAGUUGAGCAGCUGUUGAAGAAGGAACCUGUAUAUGCUUCUACUUACUCUCCUGUUAUAUCUGCUCUCCAUAAAUUUCAUCCUUUUCUACCUAUUAAUCAGGUCUGUAAUUCUAGUUUGAAAGAAUCAAGCUCUCUGGUUUCUGAUGAACGUCAUCCUUGGAGAUGGAAGCAGAGAAUGGCAGAUAACCAGGAGAGUCAAAUGACCAUUGAAGAAAGGAAACACCUGAUUACAGCUCGAGAAGAAGCCUGGAAGUCCAAGGGUAAAGGAGCAGCCAAUGACUCCACACAGUUCACUGUAGCUGGCCGAAUGGUAAAAAAAGGCCUGGCUUCUCCGAGCGCCCUGACACCAGUAGCAGCCCCUUUCAGUAACCGGCAGAAGUCUACCACUCCCGUUACAAAACCCUUGGAAGAAAUUGAAGCCAGGCCUGAUAUGCAAUUAGAAUCGGAUAUGAAGCUUGACAAACUGGAGUCGUUCUUGGGAAGGCUGAACAACAAAGUUGCUGGAAUGCAAGAUACAGUGCUGACAGUUACAGGAAAAUCUGUGAAAGAGGUUAUGAAGCUGGAUGAUGAUGAAACGUUUUCCAAAUUUUAUCGCCAUGUGGAUUUCCCUUCCUCCUCAGUGCCUUUGGACCUUGAUGAGGACUUUGAUGCCAUCUUUGAUCCUUAUGCACCAAAGUUAAUAUCUUCUGUAGCAGAGCACAAACGUGCAGUUAGGCCUACACGCAGAGUCCAGUCCUCGAGAAACCCCCUGAAAAUGCUGGCAGCAAGAGAAGAUAUUCUUCACGAAUAUACUGAGCAAAGACUAAAUGUUGCCUUCAUGGAGUCAAAGCGGAUGAAAGUAGAAAAAAUGUCUGCAAACUCAAAUUUCUCAGAAGUAGCACUUGCUGGCUUAGCAAGCAAAGAGAACUUCAGCAAUGUUAGCCUGCGGAGUGUGAAUCUAACGGAGCAGAACUCUAACAACAGUGCUGUGCCAUACAAGAAGCUAAUGCUGCUGCAAAUUAAAGGAAGAAGACAUGUUCAGACAAGAUUAGUUGAACCAAGGGCCUCGUCACUGAACAGUGGAGACUGUUUCCUGUUGUUAACUCCACAUUUCUGUUACUUAUGGGUAGGAGAGUUUGCAAAUGUCAUAGAAAAAGCAAAGGCAUCAGAACUUGCAACUUUAAUUCAGACAAAGAGGGAACUUGGCUGUAGAGCUUCUUAUAUACAGACUAUAGAAGAAGGAAUAAAUACCCAUACCCAUGCAGCCAAAGACUUCUGGAAACUCCUUGGUGGACAGACAAAUUACCAGUCUGCUGGAAGUCCUGAAGAAGAUGAAAUGUAUGAAGCUGCAAUAAUAGAAACAAAUUGCAUUUAUCGCCUCGUAGAGGAUAAACUUAUUCCUGAGGAUGACUACUGGGGAAAGGUGCCAAAAUGUACCCUGCUACAGCCAAAAGAGGUGCUGGUGUUUGACUUUGGCAGUGAAGUAUAUGUAUGGCAUGGGAAGGAAGUUACUUUAGCACAAAGAAAAGUGGCAUUCCAGCUGGCAAAACACUUGUGGAAUGGCACCUUUGACUACUCCAAUUGUGACAUAAAUCCUCUGGACCCAGGGGAAUGCAAUCCCCUCAUACCCAGAAAGGGACAAGGACGCCCAGACUGGGCUGUGUUUGGCAGGCUCACAGAACAUAACGAGACUAUACUGUUCAAAGAAAAGUUUCUUGAUUGGACAGAGCUGAAGAAACUCAAUGAGAAGAAUGCUAGUGAAUCGCUUCACCAGAAGGAAGAAUCCAGAUCUGACUCUAAACCAUAUGAUGUCAUGCUAAUGGUAGCUGUGCCCCAAACAACUGUAGGCACAGUCUUGGAUGGAAUGAAUAUUGGCCGGGGCUAUGGACUUGUGGCAGGAGAAGAUGGAAGGCAGUUUGAAAUUAUCACUGCAUCUGUGGAUGUCUGGCACAUCCUGGAAUUCGAUUAUAGUAGACUGCCUAAGCAAAGUAUAGGGCAGUUCCAUGAGGGAGACACAUAUGUGGUGAAGUGGAAGUACAUGGUGAGCACCACAGUUGGAAGCAGGCAAAAAGGAGAGCAACAAGUAAGGGCUGUUGGAAAAGAGAAAUGUGUGUAUUUCUUUUGGCAAGGAAGGCACUCCACAGUGAGUGAGAAAGGGACAUCGGCACUGAUGACAGUGGAACUCGAUGAAGAGAGAGGAGCACAGGUACAAGUGCUUCAAGGGAAGGAACCGCCAUGCUUCCUGCAGUGCUUCCAAGGAGGAAUGAUUGUGCAUGCUGGAAGAAGGGAAGAGGAAGAAGAGAAUGCACAAAGUGACUGGAGGCUGUAUUGCGUGCGAGGAGAAGUUCCCAGUGAAGGAAACUUACUUGAAGUAGCAUGUCACUGCAGCAGCCUGCGUUCCCGGACAUCCAUGAUUGUCCUCAAUAUAAAUAAAGCUCUUAUCUACCUGUGGCAUGGCUGCAAAGCACAAUCUCACACCAAGGAUGUAGGAAGAACAGCAGCCAAUAAAAUAAAAGAACAGUGCCCGCUGGAGGCCGGGCUGCACAGCAGCAGCAAGGUGACCAUCCACGAGUGUGACGAAGGGUCGGAGCCCCUGGGCUUCUGGGACGCGCUAGGAAGGAGAGACCGGAAAGCCUAUGACUGCAUGUUGCAAGAUCCUGGAAAGUUUAAUUUCACCCCCCGCCUGUUCAGCCUCAGUAGUUCAUCAGGAGAAUUCUCAGCCACCGAAUACGUUUACCCUUCAAGAGACCCUGCUGUCAUCAAUUCCAUGCCAUUCUUGCAAGAGGACCUUUACACUGCCCCACAGCCAGCACUGUUCCUUGUUGACAAUCACCAUGAAGUGUACCUGUGGCAAGGCUGGUGGCCUGUGGAAAACAAAAUUGCUGGAUCUGCUCGAAUCAGGUGGGCUACAGACAGGAAAUGCGCCAUGGAGACAGUGCUCCAGUACUGCAAAG